GGAUUUCCACCUGUCUGAACCUCGGGCUGGAGUGAGCUGCUUUUAAAAAAACCCAACAACUUGCUGUAUGAGGAAACUACUGGAGAAAAUAUUCCCUCUCAUACUUUAUAUUUCUUCUAUGAAAAAGUGAUUUUGGAAGACUUUCUAGGCCACCUCGCUUGAGGUGUCUUUUUCAGAAGAAGCAUGGCUUGCUGUGUGUUACAAAUCACUGGUCUAAUAUUUGGAGGUGUUGGCAUGGUCGGGACUUUGGCAGCCACAGUUAUGCCGCAGUGGAGAGUUUCUGCCUACAUUGAUGGCAACAUUGUGGUGUUUGAGACCAUCUGGGAAGGACUGUGGAUGGACUGCAUCAGUCAGCUGGGCAUCAGGCUGCAGUGCAAAUUCUACGACUCUGUCCUGGCUCUCCCCCCACCCUUGGAGGCGUUCAGAGCCCUCAUGUGCAUUGCAGUGGUCCUGUCAAUCAUUUCCUUUUUGAUGGCCAUUGUUGGUGUGAAGUACACUCACAGGACCAAGGAGGAUGCCCAGGGCAUCAGUGUCUUUAUACUGGCAGCUGGAGUUGCCUUUCUCCUGACGGGCAUCCUCGUUCUGAUCCCCGUGUCCUGGACUGGAGGUAGCAUCAUUCACGACUUCUAUGAUCCAAAAGUUCCUGUGCCACUGAAACGAGAGCUAGGAGCUGCUCUGUAUGUAGGCUGGGUGAGCACUGCACUUCUCAUCGCUGCGGGAGCAAUGUACUGUAGCUUCUGGUGCUGGGCUGAUACAUCCUCAAAAUCCAGGAAAUGUUAUUACAUGGGCAUUAUGUUUGAGCACAGCCAGAAGAAAAAUCUCACCAUUUUACAGGAAUGAAGAAUGGUAUAGGAACAGCAGCAGCCAAGAGUCUCUCAGCGAAGAUGAACAGCAUAUGGUUGGGCUGGAAGGAAGGCAGCUGCUGUGCAAUAGCACCAAUGCCCUCCCCUAAACCCAUGAUGUGCAAAGAGAGCAGAGCAUUUUACUCUAAGGUAAAGUCUUCAUAAGUACUGCUCUAGGACAGUGGUGAGAAGCAUGGAGUUGGCAGCAUGGAUGAAGCAGCUGCUGAAUGAAUGGAGAAACCCCCAGCACUCUGACUUCCAAUAUUGGCACACAAAUGUUCGUGCUCUCCCAUCAGAGGCCUCUGUGAUUGACUAUGGAUUUCACUGAUGCUUGUGGAAUUGAUGUAUCCUUCUUACCUCUUCUGCAGGGCACAGAAUCCAGCUCAUGGAAUAAUAAAAUUUUUAAUCACUUUACCAGACUUUGUAUUACAUUUCAGUUGCUUGCUUCCUCUCGUUUUUUAUGACUUCUCCUGUUUUACAGGUAGCACCUCCUCUUGUAUGAAAUUCAGGGCAGACCAUCUGUCUUUAUGCACUUUAAAGCACCGUGCUAAUGUAAAGUAUAAGUAAACAAGCCAGGCAACGUAAAUGUGUAAUCCCCACUUGCCCAUUGGAGGAUCAAGAGUUCCUGCCUAUAUCUUCCAUCACACCCACAAAAGCCAAGCCCUGAUGUUGUUCUGACUGUUUUGUGUUCACAAGACUUAUUUGAAAAUGUAGACUGAGCAGCCUUAUGCCUGUCUGUCCUUUGUGCAGAAUUCAACAGUAUUUGCAGCUGUGCAUUUUUUUUCACAGCUGAAAACUUGGAACUUGCUUUUGACAGUGUCUGUGUCACAACAUUGAUAAGUGACCAGUUCAAAACAUUCUUUCCGGUUCUUUACACAGUAGUAAUGGAUAGUAUCAUUUCAUUGAUAAUUUCGUGACACAGGUACUCAGUUUGAUCCUUUUCUGUGUCUGCGACUGGUAUCGGAAAAAAAAGGGUGUAAUGACUUUUUGCAUUGAGCAGAACAAUGCCUCUAUGUAUUCAUUUGACUGUUCAAUCUGAAGCAGAACAUGGAAAGCUGCAUUUAAUUAAACAAGCCUUUUAUUGACUUCAGAUGAACCUAAACGAAACAGUGCCGUUGAACACAGGUAUUCAUUGCAUAUAUUAACUAAUGUGCAUUUACAUUUAAGAGAACCAGCUCAGAUCUUUUAGUGGGAAUUUUCUAGUCACCAGAAAACAGGUUUAAUGCAUCCUGCUCAUCACUUGAGCAGUCAAAUCAGCACUUAUUAAUUCCAGAUGAGCCUUUAACAGAACAUUUGUAAGUAGGUUUUCUAGUACUAAAACAUAUUUUUUAUGUUGUCUUAUAGCUGCCAAUGUCUGUCACAGCAGCUGUCAUUGGGUCAGACAAUUCAUUUCACUGGAGUCAUUCUGUUGACUUUGGUAAUAAUUUAUACUACCAUGAGGACCUUCACCUAUUAUUUUAUUGUAUUUAUGUCCUAUAAUAUAUAUUUUGUUUAAUAAGGAACUAUUUGGUGAGUAAGCCAGAAUUGCAUUUUUUGGGUUUAUUCAGAUAUGACAUUUGUGAUUAACAAAGCAGAGGAUGAAGAUAUUUGCAAUGCAAAUAUGAUACAUAUUUAUAGGUAGGUAAUGGAUUUAAAUGAUGAUGUAUUCAGUGUAAUGCAACUUUAUGCAGAUGUAAGUGCUGAAGAAGUAAGUGCAAUUUUCUAUAACAUUAAUUAAAGGAUCCUCAAUGCUUUCAAUAUCAGUGGUUUCAUCUAGAAAUCAAAUUUGAACUGGGUGUGCCAUUUACACUAGUAACUUUAUUUUCAAAGAGUUAAAAGAUAAAACUGCUUUAUUUGAGCAUUUAACAUUCAUUUGAAAGAAAACCUAAGCUCUUUACAUCUAACAUUAACACCUGAUGGCUGCAUAUUGCUCCAUUUCUCUCUUAUACCAGUUGAUCAAAAGAUGAGCUCAAACAAAAUCUCUAAGCUCAGACAACCUCGUGCUUGCAUGUGGGUUUGGAAUCUGACCUUGAUUCCAAGCAUACAGCUAGGCCAGGCUGCUGUUUGGAUGUCUGGGGUUUUACUGACAUAAACGGCAAUUUCUGAUCAUGUGAUUUAGCACUUAUAGACUCACCCAAAUAUGUUUAAGAGUCUGUGACAUUAAAAUUUCUGAAUUUGAUGCAGGAACAAAUUUCUCGUAAGAAGCUAAUCUGCAAGAGAUGUAACACAGUGAUUAACCUUCUCCCUUUGAACAGAACAGAAAUUCCUUUAUUGUGGAUUCUGGUGGGGAAAACCCCAUAAAGAUCAUUACUAGAUAUUUUACUUCUGUAUGCAAGGAAUGCAUUUGGCUGAGUAAACUGUAUGGGUACAUUUGCAUCUGCUAAGGGAGACAGGUUUUUUUCUUCUUCCUUUUCCCCUAUUCAAAACCUGUGGUGCUCAGAACUGACUAGUUGGGAGCUGCAGUUUGGAGGUAUGAGUAAGAAAAGGAAGUUUUAAGGACUUUAAAGAAAAACUGCGGUUGAGCUUUGAAAUUAAACUGCUGCUGUUCAUGAGUUUUCUAAGGGUAACAGGAAGAGCUUGGCUUGAGGGGAGUGAUGGAGGAGCUUGCACAGAUCUCUAGUGCCCAAGUCUGCACCUUCUACCCUCUGUCUGCUGCUCCAGGAGAGCUCCUGCCCCUUCUGGGUUAUAUCCAGCCAGACUCAGUCUCAGGUAACCGCAAGUGUCUAAGGUGACUCUUGGAGUUUAUUUAGGUGGCUGAACAUGUCCUUCCCGAGUGAGAUAGGUGAGGAGAGGAUGCUCAGGAACACAUGUAAUGAGGCAAAGACAUUAGGGAAAGGGCCACCUCUUCACUCCAGGGCACAGGAGGGCUGUGGAAACAGAGCAUUGGUUACACGCUACAUGAUGGAGGACCAAGAGGAAGCAGGGUG